AUGCUAGUAGUGGGAAUCAUCUUUGCCUGCAACGUCGAUGAAGACAUGGGGUAUGGCCUUUUCGUCAGUACCGUUAUUCAAUGCGGUGGGGCAGCGUACAUUGUAAACGCCCUUUCUGCUGAUUGUGACCAACAGUUUGCUGCCGUUCUCGCGCACGCAACCGCUGUUUUUAACCUCCUGCUCGCCCCACUCUGGGUUUACUCCGUCGGAGUGUACCUAUUCGCCCAACCCAUCCUCAUAGAGCGUCUCAUCGGCCUCUCCUCGCUAAUUGUCCUCCUCCAACUUUUUGGAGUGCUGCUCCGGUGGAAAAAACCCUCUGCUGCCAUCGCUGUACUCACCUGGCUUAGCCAGCCUCUCCUGCUUUUAGCGGGCAUACUUCUAAUAACCCUAGGAGUCUACAUCAACCAGUACGUGUUUCAGUACAUAAACAAACAACUGGUGGCUGCUUUAGUAACCACGGUAACACUGGCCUACGCCCUGGGCUGGGCAGUAGGUCUGGCUCUUCGACUGGGCACGCCGCGCUGCAGAGCCUUUGCUUCACACGUCUCCGUAUUCCAGGGCUUCCUUUCGAUCCCCAUCCUGCGUAUGAGUGUGCCUUCCCCG